AUGCGCACGAGAGCGGAGAGGCCCGCCCUCAGAAGCCCAAGAAUUUACCGUGCAAAUUCUGUGCGAAGCGAUUCAGGCGCGUCGAGCAUGUUCAGAGACACGAGAGAACCCACACCAAAGAGAAACCUUUUGAGUGCGAAUGGGAAGGCUGUGGAAAGAGAUUCGGACGACGUCUUUUCAUCGCAUUAUCCUACAUUUGCUUACAUGGACAUCAGGGAUCUUCUCGUCCGUCACGAGAAGCUUUGCCAUCUCAACGAUGGAGCCAGCAACAACAAUAAUAACGCCAGCAGUAGCAGCAGCAGCAGCAACAACAACAAAAAUGCGAACCACAAAGAUGGUAACAAACGACGCAAAACGUCUUCGUCAAGCGUCGUGUCUCCACCUCCACUAGAGAAUCAUACCGAUAUUCAAAUGAAAACUCAGCAUAGGCCAGCAACGCAAUCUCAGUUCCCCAACGGCAGUAUGCAGCCGUCCAUGGUCUCGUCCAUUCCAUCUGACUCUAGGCUUCUAUCAAGAGGUCCGGCUUGCAAUCUUGAUCUGCUUUCCGAUGCGGCCACGCACCUUGCCUCCGGUGGUGAGGUCAACAACCUACAGCACAUGCAGCCGACUAUGAUGCAAGGACUCUCGCAACAGCAACCCGAUCUCCCCCCGGCCAAGUCUUACCAGGACUCCAUGUCUUUCGCAAAUCACAAUCCAAAGCAGGAACAUGGCGCUAUGAAUGGAGGAUAUUGUACGCAACCCCCGGGCUCCGAAUUCGACCCCCUCUUCAUGGGUGACUAUGCGUCAUCGCACGCCUUCCCUUCACUCUUCGACGGGGAAGCACCGUUUACAAAUUUGACGAUUUCGGCAAAGGACCAUUCCGUCAUGAAAGCCAAGCUCGAUGAAUUCUCUUCGGUUCUGCCCAGCAACUUCGUGUUUCCUUCGCGCCAUACUUUACAGAGAUUCUUGGAGGGCUAUUUCACUGGGUUCCAUGACCAUCUUCCCUUCAUUCAUCUGCCGACCUUUUUACCCGUGGAAGCUUCCCCUGAAUUGCUAUUAGCCAUUACUUCCUGCAGGGCCUUCUACCGACUUCGGCGGCAUAUAGCCCCCAUUCCACGAGACCAUCACCGAGCUCAGGGUUUCGACACUCGUAUCCUUCUGUUCAUCGAGACCGCCCAGUCACUCAAGACACACACCGGGAGCCCUAGUCUGUGGGGGGCCAAAGCCAUCCUCCACGAGGCACUGUCCCUGCAGAGCCAACUUGCCCUCUUGGUCAGGGAAGAAGGUCUCCACGGCGAGCCCAACCAAGCGCCCGACUGGGAGAGUUGGGUACGCACCGAAUCAGCGACUCGAACGAAGCUGAUAGCAUACUGCUUCUUCAACCUCUGCAGUGUUGCGUACAACACGGUCCCCCUACUCCUUACAUCCGAGGUCCAGCUCUAUCUGCCCAAUGCCACUCGUUUGUGGAGAGCAGGAGAUGCGAACCAGUGGCAAGAAGUGCGACAAACCUCUCCCAGUACCGAAGUCCCUUUGCCAAUCGCGUUUUCUCGGUUGUUCAAUCGUGGGAUCCAGGGCCCGCCUCCACAACUCACGUCACUGGGUAACUACGUUCUUAUCCAUGCUAUCCUCCAGCACAUCUUUGUGCUCAAGCAGGCAACUUUUGCCACGUCCCUGGGAAUGCAGAGAGCCCUAAGAGGGCAGGAGAAUGAGGAUAUUUGUCAAGCGAUUCGAGUGUGGUUUCACAGUGUUGAGCAGCAACGACACGUAGAGGGGUUCGAUACGUGGGAUCCUGUCGACUCCAAUUCGGUGGCCUUGCACAGGGUGGCGUUCAUCAGGCUGAAUACGGACUUGAAUUCGAGUCGCCAUCUCGAAUCGCGUGCUUACAACGCCGCUGGGCGGGCCUAUGCGGAGGCACCUCUGCUUUUGCGUGUGAGCAACAAUGAAUGCGCCGUCCUAGUAUCCAAAUGGCUCUUGACCCUCGCGUCCAUCGGCCCAACCGACCCGCCGAUAACAUCCGAAGAAAGCCAGCUCCUCGAGGGCCUCCGCCGCAUGUUAGACGAGACCGAGUUCGCCGUUCCCAUUGACCCGGCUAUCGGCGGAGGGGCACAACAAAAUCAUAACCACCAGCAGAGGUCGACCGACGGGCCAGCUACCGACCCCACCAACCUUCGCCAGCUCGCGGCGGCCGUAGUCAGGUUAUGGGCCGAGACGUUUAGGGGCACUCAUAUCUUUGAGUUUGUGGACAUGAUGGGUUCUGGGCUGGAAACCUAUGCGUAUCAUAUUGAGAAUCCAAGGGACAGGACGCCGUUGGCUAUGGGGAGGAUGGGUACCAAUCAUCAGAUGCAAAUGUAG